ACUUUUCAAUCGAAUUUUUGCAGGAUUUUAUCUUAAGUCCAUAUGCGUAUGAUGGGAGAAGAGAAAGAUAUGAUGCCAUUAAUAUAUACCGCAAACCUUUCAAUAGAAAUAACAUCAACAACACGGGUAUGAAUCCCGACAUCGCUCGUUCAUCCGGCGGAUCUGUCACGUGGGCCGUCGGCCGAGGUUGGAGCUGGGACCGGCCCUAGCCGGUACCGCGCCGAGCUUUGCCAUGACGACUUGGCCGGCCCUCGUGAACGUCUCGCCGCUCUAGACAACUUCAAUUUCGCAUUGAACAAUACCCAUACAACAUGUCAGCCUUGCGGAUCCUCGUGCCCGUCAAACGGGUCAUCGACUAUGCUGUCAAGCCUCGAGUUAACAAGGCCCAAACGGCCGUCGAAACAGCUGGUGUCAAGCACUCAAUGAACCCGUUCGAUGAGCUGUCUGUCGAAGAGUCAGUGCGUAUCCGAGAGAAGAAGCGUUCGCCCGGUGGUGUCGAGGAUAUCUGCGUUAUCUCUGCUGGUCCUCCAAAGGCGCAAGACGUGCUGCGAACAGCCAUGGCCAUGGGCGCAGACCGAGGAAUCCACGUCGAGCUUAAGGAUGGAGAUGAGCUAGAGCCUCUCACAGUAGCAAAGAUCCUCCAGAAGGCAGUGGAACAGCAGAAGAGUAACCUAGUGAUUCUGGGCAAGCAGAGCAUCGACGACGAUGCGGCACAGACUGGCCAGAUGCUUGCAGGUCUCCUGGGGUGGCCUCAGGCUACACAGGCGAGCAAGAUCGAGUUCGGUGCUGGUGAUCAAGUCACAGUGACAAAGGAGGUUGACGGCGGUGUUGAGACAGUGAGCGCCAAGUUGCCCAUGGUCAUCACGACAGACCUGCGACUCAACGAGCCCCGCUAUGCCAGCUUGCCUAAUAUCAUGAAGGCCAAGAAGAAGAAGUUGGAGAAGACAAAGCUUGAGGAUUUUGGAGUAGAUGGCGUGAAGCGUCUUAAGACACUUAAGGUCAUUGAACCCCCGGCUCGCCAGGGAGGUGGUAAGGUUGAGGAUGUUGGUGGUUUGGUUAGCAAGCUGAAGGAGCUUGGCGCAUUGUAAAUAAGAAGCAAACAGUGUUCAUGAUAAAGCCGAAGGCCAUUAGAACUGACUAACCCUGAAUGGAGUAUUCUUACUAUUAUGAAGUGUAAAAUGAAAAUUACAAGAGAGCUGGAAUAAGUUUCUCCUUUUAAUAUGUAUAUAUUUUUCCAACUUAAAUAACACCUAAUGCUUUUGAGCUUGCAUCAUUUUGUUGAGCCGCCC